CCGCCAUUGACAACGCUAUCAACAACAUGGCUGCCCGAUAAAGAAGGAAACGGUCAAUUUAUGAUUUUCUUGGAAUGUGUUAGUCCUUGACAUGCAUUUAAGAUGAAGAAGAAUCCCUUAGCAUGAUAAAUAAGGGCUCGCGAUCUGAAGGCGGCCAUAAACCGCAUCUUCGUCUUCUAGAUUUGACUUUCGACAAUGGGGUCACAAAAUCGGAGAACGGAUCCAGGCCUCAUGGGGGCCUGAGAGGUAGCAAGAAGCAUCCUUUAAGUCCUUAUUCCUUUAACAAGCCAUCGGAAUAUCAUGUCCAACUUAGAGAAGAUAUCAACAAUCUCUUCAAAGAGGAAUUUUUUGAUGGACGCGGUUCCCCAUCAUGGGCGUUUGGGAUCAGUAAAGAGAUGACACACAGUGGGGAGUCUCCAUUUCAUGUCCAUGGUCUGCUGAGUACAAGUAAAGUGGAAAGUGAAACAAGCUCGGUUCACAACAUCAGGCGUUCGGUAACUCCUGCUUCCUCGGCAAGGAAUACUCCAAGAAAAAGAAAUACAGGAACUUCAUAUUACCGCCCCACAACUCCUCACCAGUUCUUAACGGCAACAAAUCCAUCACAACUGUCUGCCAAGGAACUCAAGUAUGGAAGACCCACGAGGACCACCUUACUGCGAGCCAGACAAAGAUGUGCUUCAGCUCCUGUGAAUUCCUAUGAUGUAAGAAGAGAAGUAGUCAAAACUAUAGAUAUUGAUGAGGUGGAACCUGAAACAUUUCGCUAUGCAGACCACUGUCUGUCAUGCCGAGAAGCAGAAAGCACUACAUCCACUGGUCAAAUGAACAAAGAGGUUCUUGUCGCCCCUCCAGAAGGCGAAUCCCCCCAUGCUUUCCUCACAGGAGCAAGAUACAACAGAGCCCAUUUGCUUGAUGCCAAGAGUUUGUCAGUCUAUGGGGUAUACAUGCCAAGGACGAAUCCUCAAGGAAUCUUUAUGACAGGUCAUGCUACACAGAGGUCAAGGGAUAAAGGUCAAAAUAUACCCGCAGUACCCCCAGAUUCCCCGCGUUCUGACGUCGACGAGGCGUCAAAACCAGUGACGAAGCGCCCCUCAACAGCGCCGGGUAAAAGGUUACUAUCUUCCGGUUCUUCACAGCACCCCGGGGGACGGCCCCGCAGUGCGUGGGGGGAACACUCCACAACAUGUCACUUGGUGCACGGGGACACUGAAAGUGAGAAUGAGAAACCUAAGAAAAAGGUAGUGCUGGUGACCUUCAAAGGGAGUAAACAUAUGAAAAAUCCGGAAUCCGUUCUUCCAUCCGUCACCGGUCGCACUGCACCAAAAACGUACUUCCGCCGACCACGAGAAAUGGCAGACGAUUCUGCCUCUUUGCAUGCUCAACCUCCACCCACUCCUGUUGGUGCGUUUUCGGUUCGGGAUGAAAGUGAACAUGUUCCAACAGAAUCCGGACGAGAACAAUUGAAUUCUGUUGAUCCAAAUCCGGAUGAGGUACCAGCGCAUGCAGAUGUUGACCAAAGACUUGAUAAGAUAAUAGAAAAACCGGACAUUGAUGAUAAGAUAUUAGAUAAAAUAUUAAAUGAACAGGAAAUCUUGCUAGAAAAAUCAAGGCUAACUUCGUUUGAAACAAAGAAUGGCAUCGAUACCGAAAAAACGGAAACUAACAAAGAAAAAAGUAAGGAAACAAAACUUCUAGAUAUUACUGAAUUGACUCUAAAUGGCCAAGACUCAAGCAAAGUAGAUAAUUUAACCAAUGAACAGAAACCAAAGGAUGAAAUCUUCAUCACAAACAAUGAAAAUCAAGUCUUAAACGGCGACAAUGAUAAUGUUGACGAUGCAGACAAAGAAAACAUCCCUUCUGACUUAAAAACGGACUGCAUAGCUGAGGAAGAAAUUCCCACACAGAUCCACGUGACAAUUACGGAAAAACCGCAUGAUUCUACACCAAAUUAACUUCCGGUUAACGCCAUUACCGUUCUUAGUUCUUCAAAGAGCACCAAUCUAGAAUGUUAUUUUUGGCUUACGUUAACAAUUUUCAAGAGAGGAAAUAAUAUAUGCUAGGUCUUGAUUCGUUCUAAUAUCCUUUUUAUGCCCCGUUGAUCCAUUCUAAUAUCCUUUUUAUGCCCCGUAAUUAGCUUGACAAUGUACAUUUGAACAUGCAUAUAUAUCUAAUAUCAUGAAUUUCAAUCGAAAUAACAUGCAACCUACUUCUAAUAUUCCUAUUAUAGUCAGAUAGCUUUUCAUUUAAGGGGAAUGGACCUGUUCAAUUCAUUUUCUCGAAAAUAUGGUGAUUAAAGGUUACCGGAUUUAAUAGAUUUUUACGACUUCUUUCCGUUCAACGGAAAUAAAAUUGAUAAAAAUAAUUAUUAUUAAUGAAAAAAUCUGGAUAUGAUACUCAAUAUAUUCCAAAAUGUAUAACGGAAAUAGUAUACAUUUGGCAUGCGUUUGGGGUAUCAAUCAUUUUGGCUGUUUCACUUUGUGGUUUUAAAUUACCUACCACUUACAUAUGAAUGUUAGACUUAUUAAAGCCUGUUUAAUUUCAUUUAUCCUUAUUAGUCGAGAGUCAUCAAGACUGAUCGAAAUAAACCUUUUAAAAUUUGUAUUAUGAUGCAAAAAAAACAAAUAAGACGGUAUUCUAUAUGAUUAUAUAUACCUAACAGUUUUGCGGUGAGAACAUACAUGUAGUUCAUUUCGUCAUUUGUCUCAUGUUUUUGUCUUGCUAGUCUUUUGUCAGGAAGUCAUUGUUUUACCUAUGAAUACCGAAGCUUUGUUUUUUUUGACAAUCACCCUUACAUGUUGCAUUUAUGUAUUUGUAUUCCGCAUAAUAA